UCCCCCCACCAAUCUUGCGAGCAUCGGAGGGAGAAGCAGGCGGCCGCUCUUUUGUCUCUGACCCCCGAAGAGAGAACUGGGUAGACCGGGCAGGUUCACCCCCUCCCACCGCACCGCACCGCUUCCUCGCGGCUUCUUCUCGGCCCGGCCAGGUGGUCCUUGGGCUUGCUGAGAUCGCCGCGCCCCUUCUCUUCUUCUUCUUCUUCUUCUUCCUCGCGGCCUGAUCCAGCGGGGCCGAUCGCGGAUCCUCGGCAGGCAUCUCCCAAGAUCUGGGUGCAGUUCCUGAAGGAUUGGCAGCGGGCGGAGACCGAAGUGUGACUUUCCACAAACCGUCAUAUAUGCUGAAGCUCUUGGACAUUAGAAGGUUUAAUUCCAUUCUUGCACACUGAGACAAGCAGCAGUGCAAUUGGUGUACCAGGUUUCCAGACUGCCUCGGGAUGGCCCACCUUGAACAAAAGCAGACGGCAGAGAGCCCUAAAAAUGCCACUGAAGUCACAAGGGAUAAGUUGAUGCCAUCACGGCCUAAGCCAAACAGAAGGUCCAGGCGAUGCUUUCCAUGCAUGGAUGGGAAGAAAUUCAGUGUAUGGAUGUUCUUACCACUUGUCUUGACGCUGUUUACCUCAUCAGGACUAUGGAUUGUAUAUUUUAUAGCAGUAGAGGACAACAAAAUUCGUCCACUAGAUAUGCCAGACAGCAAACCAACUUCUUUAAAGCCGCCAUAUAUAAGUAUUGCAGGUGAUGUCCCUCCUGCUAGCUGUGUAUUUAGCCAAGUCAUGAACAUGGCAGCAUUCCUAGCACUGGUCAUAGCUGUCCUCCGCUUCAUUCAGCUAAAGCCAAAGGUUUUGACUCCAUGGCUCAAUGUCAGUGGCUUGGUGGCCUUCUGCUUGGCUUCUUUUGGAAUGACCCUUCUGGGCAACUUCCAGCUUUCCAAUGAUGAAGAAAUACACAACGUUGGCACCUUUUUGGCCUUUGGUUUCGGCACUAUGGCAUGUUGGAUUCAGUCCGCACUAACCCUCAAAAUAAACUUGAAGAACGAAGGUAGAAAAGCUGGAAUCCCACGAGUGAUUUUGUCAGCGGCAAUAACACUCUGCCUAGUCCUUUAUUUCAUUUUGAUGAAUGAGUUUAAGUUGCACAUGCAUGCGUCACGGAUCCAGUGGGGAAUGGUGAUGUGUUUCCUAAUUUUCUUCGGCUCCUUCGCGGUGGAGUUCAGACACUACCGGUUCGAGAUCAUUUGCUCCGAGUACCAAGAGAAUUUCCUCAGCUUCUCUGAAAGCCUCUCUGAAGCCUCUGAGUAUCAAACAGAUCAGGUGUAACUCAACUCCCAACUGACCAGGCGGAUAAUGUUUGAUGUCAAAGGACUGAACUCACGGCCCCUUUUCAUUUACCGUGUUUUAACUUUUUUUUUUUUUUUUUUGCUAAUUUCUCUCUGCAGUCGCCCAAACUUUCUUCCGAAGAAAGAAUAAGAUGCCUCUUUGCAUGGAUUCACAAAAUGUUUCCAACUGAAUCGCUUUCGGUUUGAGCAAAAACACCCUGUCUCAAAAUUCUGUGGAGCUUCUCAGUCAUCCGGGAUCGUGGUUGUCCCAACUGGACUUUGCUUUUCCUUGAAGACGUUUCGCUUCUCAUCCAAGAAGCUUCUCCCGUUCUGACUUCAGUUUAUUUCACUUCUUCAGUCAGACCGGAAGAAGCUUGUUGGAUGAGAAGCGAAACAUCUUCAAGGAAAAACAAAGUCCAGUUGCUUUUUGAAAAAAAAACAACCAAGCACCUUUUCUCAAACGAUCCUGCCUCAAAUGCAAAAUGCCUGUUCCAAGUGCAAAGCGGGAAACUUCCUGCACGUUUUCUAGGCUCAAGGCGGAGCAUGGCUGGCACAUUUCCCCCAAUGUUCAAAACAGCCCACGUCUUACUUAGAAUAGUUGUCGCACGUUUAAGACAGGGUGCUUGGUCCUCGAAACGGCUCAGUUUGAAACAUUUUGUCCACACUACCUCUUUGCUCUUUUUUUUUUUUUUUUUUGCUUAAGGCAUUUUACAACACGGUAUGAAAUGUUGGGUUUAGGUUUGUUUCCCAUAGUUCUCUCGUGACCGGUUGGCAGAACUUAAAUUUUGCAUGAUGUUAUGUUACACAAAAGAGGGAGCCGAGAAGCAUGAACGACUGCUAUCCCUACGUACAGAAUAUGCGGCUGCACCUUGGGUGACUAUAAAAAGUGGCAAGGGAGGGUCAUGUUACCCGCAAUAAGCUUUGUAGACCAGGAUUACCCAGCAACCAUGGUCUGUGGACAUCCACCGGAUGGAGGAGGUGUAUCCAGAUUUGCGAAACCAAGUGUCGAGUUGCAAUGCAAGCUGCAUCUGGUGUCUAUAUGCAUACACCAUACGGAAGAUAGGCUAGGAUUGUGACAGGGUUAUGAUUGUGAUACCACGGCUAGUAUCUUACAGAUCGUUUGUGUAUAAGCUUUACUAUAACCUGUACAUUUGGCCAUGGACGCUACAGUUCCCAUGUCUGUUAUUGUGGAGGUUUGCAAACCAGUUUCCUGUGUUGCUGAGUUUCUGAGUUCAGUUAUCUGCUUUCUUUCCCUCCUGUUUUCUGCAUUUCAGACUCUUUGAAAGGUGCUGCCAAUUUUACUGCAGCCUGGUCCAUUAGAGUGAGCAGAUGGUGCUUGACAAGCCCCAAAAUCAGGGCUUGGAUUGUCUAGCUACCUGCAUUCCCACAUUCUGGUGCUUUUGCCACCUUUUAUACUGAAAACAGGUUCGCUUCUCACUGACUCGGGUAACAACACAAAGAAACAGGAACAUUUUUAUGUGGCUUCCCUCUGGGGCCCAGUGAAUGGAUGAUGGGCUUGUUAGGAUUGGGAUAGGAUAGGAUGGUUUCUGAGCCUUUAAUAUUUGCGUAGAGGCAGGAAUCGCAAGGACCUAUCCUGCAAAAUCCUUUUUCUGGGCAAUUUUUCAAGUUGCAUAUGAGUUUUCUUUUCCCCUAUAUAUGGCUUGUAUAUUUAAACGUAUUUUUUUUCAGAGAUCGGAUGUUUCUAUGCUAGAAUUUUUAAGACUAGUUACGCCAAUGUGAAGCUGUGGGGUAGAAUUGUUACUUAAGGAGAAAAGUGUAAUGUGGUUUGAAGUGGCAAAAAAAAAAUAAAA